AUGGUGGUUACCCGGAGCCAAGACGGCAGGGAACCCGCGGAGGAGCAGCCGAGAACGCGACAAGCCACGCUGAGGCGAACGUUCGCGGAGCCGCCGCAAUCACCUUCGACUGGACCACUACGAGAAGAGGGUCAAGAAAUGGAACCCCCGAGAGGAGAGGGGCAAGAAAGAGAACCCUCACGAACAGAGGUGCCAAGAACUGUGACCAUACGUGCGCCAUCAGUGAGGUCAACCUCAAGUGCGACCGCCAGAAUAAGAGCAGCGGAGAUCGCGGCAGCGGAACGAUUGGCUGCGAUUAGAAAGAAGGAACUUGAACUCGAAGCGGACCUUAUAAAGAAACGUUUGGCCGCCGAGAUCGAAGACAUUCAAGAAGAAGAGAGAGUUGCGAGCGAAACCGGCGACCACGCACACGAGCGGGUCGAAGGCUGGCUACGCGAGCAGCCGAUUGCGACCGCGACAACAACGACGCGUGUUGAGGAUACGGGUGCGCCACGGGGGGAGCCCCCCGAUGAGGGGCGCUACUCAAGAUCGCCGAUGCGGACGCCUGCGCGGGAACGUCAAAGAAGCAGCGGGCGCGCUAUCGAACAACUAGCAGAAGCCAUCAGAGAUAUGGCAUAUCGGCCGGGCAGACAGGAAUUGCCAAUAUUCAGCGGAGCAGCAACGGAGUGGCUUCCGUUUAGAGCGGCAAUCCGUGAUUCCGGGAUUUUAACGAAGGGAACACCGGCCGACAAUCUAGCAAAACUGCGGUCAAGUUUAAGGGGAGAGGCCAGAGAGGUCGUCGCGGCUCUACUUUACACUGCAGCAGAUCCAGUAUUGAUAGUGAGAACGCUAGACCAGUACUAUGGAAGGCCAGAGCACAUAAUAGAUCGUGCGCUGCAAGAGAUCAAACAUCUGCCGAAACCAGGAGCCGCAGCAAUGGAUCUCAACAAGUUCGCCAUCAGGCUCCAGAAUAUCGUAUCGAUUAUUCAAAAUAUCGAUAACAGUGGAUAUUUGAUGAACCCUAUGUUGGCGAGGGAUGUCAUUGAGAAGCUCAAUCCUCACACACGGACGAGGUGGUGUGACUUCGCAGCGGACAGGAAGCGGCCGGGGGAACCAGACAUCGUAGCACUGUCUCGCUUUCUAAUGGAAGAGGCGGACAAAGCGAUGAUGUACUCCUAUACGCCGAUGGCCUCCAGUUCCGGAACGCAAGCCUCAACUUCGAAGCCGCCAGUGAAGAAAAGUGCGCGAAUAUAUAACGCGAGUGAAACGACCGCACGCAAUGACAAUAAUGGACAAGUUAGUGACAAUAAAAGACAAAUAAAGUGCGUGUGUUGUGGUGGAGAUCACGUAGUGCCAGACUGUGAUCGGUUCAAAGACAAAAGUGAAUCGGAUCGGUGGGAACUGAUAAAGAAGUGCCGAUUGUGUUUCCUGUGCCUAGUGUCCACUCAUAGACGGCAAAACUGCAAAGCCCGUGCUUGUGAUUGUUGUGCUAGACCUCAUCACCACCUGCUGCACGCGGACCGGAGAACUACGCCUGUGCAGGAGACCGUCGUGACUGCGACCGCAACUACGGAUCGGCAGGUACUUUUAAAGAUGUGUCCGGUGACCCUGCGAGGCCCUCUAGGAGAGGUAAGGACCUACGCCCUUCUGGACGAAGGCGCUACGCUCUCACUGAUAGACGCUGACCUAGCGAAGUCGCUAACCAAGGGCGGGACGCCGAGGCCCAUAACCAUCAAGGGGGUCAAUGCGACAACGAAAGAAGAGGCCAGCCGCGAGGUACAGUUAAACAUAAAGGGCCGGUUCGAGAAUGAGGAGCACGAGCUGGUGUUGAGAACAAUAAAGAACUUCGAGCUAACACCUCAGACAGUACCAGGCCGUGUAUCGAACUACCCGCACUUAAAAGACAUUGAAGGUCUGACUUAUGGAAAGGCGAAGCCACAGGUCCUAAUAGGGGCCGAUCAUUGGGACUUGCUCGUGGCCACCGACGUGAGACGAAGAGCAAAGCACGAGCCAGCGGCAACUAGGACUCCGCUGGGAUGGGUGGUCCAUGGGAUCCUGCCGUUCAGGAUGAUAAAGAAGAACGGUGGAACGGUGCUCCACAUCGUGGACAACCUAGAGAAGAUAGUGGCUUGGAAUUUUGAAAUGGAGGCGCUCGGUGUGGGUGUGAGGAAUGCCACCAAGCCCGCCGAGGAGAAGGCCGAAUCAACGUUUAGAGAGACAGUGCGCAGAACGCCAGACGGGCGCAUCGAGGUAGGGUUAACCUGGAAAGAAGGAAAUGUUACCCUACCUCCAAGCUACAAGGAGGCGCUGAAGAGACUCGUGAACCUCGAACGGCGGAUGGACCGGAAUCCGACAUUUAAAUCAAGUUACGAGCUGCAAAUAAGAAGAUUAAUAGAGAAAGGAUAUGUGGAACCCGUGACACGACUAGAAGAAGAAAAGAGGUGGUUCCUUCCGCAUUUCGCGACGACAAAUUUGAACAAACCAGAGAAGAUACGCCUGGUUUUUGACGCUGCAGCUCAAAGCGACGGACGCUGCUUGAACGACUAUUUACUGGAGGGGCCUAACCGUCUAAAGGACUUACCCGGCGUCUUGUACCGCUUCCGAGAGGAAGAAGUGGCAGUUUCCGCUGACAUCGCAGAAAUGUUCUUACAAGUGCAGGUUCGAAAGGAAGACCGGCCUGCGCUGACUUUCCUGUGGCGGGGGGAGGAUCGAACGAACCCGCCACAGCGAUAUCAGUUCAAGAGGUUAAUAUUUGGCGCAAACUGCUCCCCCUUUUUAGCACACAGUGCGCGAGACUAUAACGCCGAAUCUUUUAGAAAGGAGCACCCCAGAGCAUAUCGGGCCAUCACCCACUGUCACUACAUGGAUGACUAUAUAGAUAGUUUUAAAACAGAAGAAGAGGCGAGUGAAGUCGCUGAAGAAGUCAACUCGGUACACGAAAGAGCGGGUUUCAACCUCAGGUGUUGGAGCAGCAAUGCCACAGGAGUGCUAAAAACAUUGCCGGUCGAAAAGCUAGCUCGAGAAGAGGAUGUCAUCUUAACAAAUAGACCAGAGGCCCCCGACAAAACACUGGGCAUGAUCUGGCACCCUGCUACAGACCAGAUAGGGUUCAACACAAGGAUGGCACGGGUGCCAGCCGAGAUCAAGGACGGGAUGAAGAUACCAACCAAGCGACAAACACUAAGUCUGGUAAUAUCUCUCUAUGACCCACUGGGACUAAUUAGUCCGCACAUACUGACUGGAAGAAUUAUAUUAAAAGAUGUGUGGAAGUCAGAAAUUGAUUGGGACCAAGAACUGGAUGCGCCUGAAGCCCAAGAAAUAAAGAUUUGGCUCGGCAGGCUCGACCAAUUGGCGGAGAUUAAAAUCCAAAGGAAGUACGAUAAAUUGCGGGAAACGGAAGAGGGCGAACUACAUAUGUUUUGCGACGCGAGCGAGCAGGGUUAUGCAGCAGUGGCAUACGCGCGCUUCCCAAAGAAGAACGGAGGCGCCGGGGUGAGCCUGCUCGCCUCCAAGGCGAGAGUGUCGCCAAAGAAGACCCAGACUAUCCCAAGGCUGGAGUUGCAGGCAGCAGUGAUCGCCACCAGACUCGCGGUCUCCCUGAAGCGGGAACAUCGGUUGCGGUUCAGCCGGACCUUUUACUGGACCGACUCCAGCACCGUCCUGCAUUGGAUAAAGAAUGGCGCCAAGCUGGAGCGACAGUACGUGCAAGUAAGGUUGGGAGAGAUCCAAGAAGACUCCGAACCCCAAGAAUGGCGCUGGGUCCCCACAGAAAUGAACGUCGCCGACGAGGCGACCAGGAAGAAACUGGACGGGGAGGUCAUAACGACGACUUGGCUCAACGGUCCCGAGUUUUUGAAAGACCCGGAGGCCUCAUGGCCUGAACUGGAGGAGCGAGCGGUGCACACGGCGCAAGAGGAGCCACAUGACACCCUCAUAGACAUGAGCAGAUUCUCCAGCUAUGAGAAACUUGUGAGGACGUUGGCGUAUGUAUUGCUCUUCAUCCAAAGAGUGAAGACGAAGAGCAAAAGAGAACUGGACGUGCAGCACCUGGAAGGCGCGGAGAAGAUCCUAACCAUCAUGGCGCAACAAGAGAGUUUCCCCAAGGAAGUAAAAGAAUUGAGGACUGGAAAGCCGAUUCCAAAGGAAAGUCGACUGUUCGCGUUGGACCCUGCGAUGCACGAGGGCAUCAUCAGGAUGAGGGGUCGCAUACAAAGAGCAGCAGUCGACGAGGAUGUGAAAAGGCCGAUCAUCCUAGACAGAAGGCAUCAGCUGACGAAGUUGCUGGUGAAACAUUACCACGAGCGGGCUCUCCAUGCAAACAAUGAGAGAGUCGUGAACGAGUUGCGGCAAAAGUACGCAAUACUGGGGCUGAGAACGGCGGUUCGCUCAGCGGCACACUCGUGCCAGCUUUGUCGAAUAAGGAAGGCGACACCGCAGCAGCCAAUAACUGGAGACCUACCUGAUUCCCGACUGAAAGACUUUCAGCAUGCCUUCACUCACUGCGGAGUGGACUACUUCGGCCCGAUGCUAGUGAAGAUCGGGCGCCGUCGAGAGAAGAGGUGGGGUGCACUCUUCACGUGCCUCACCACGCGAGCAGUGCACAUUGAGUUGGUACCUUCCCUGAGCACCGACUCUGCAAUCAUGGCGUUGCGCCGGAUGGCGGCGCGACGAGGAUGGCCGGCAGUGAUCUGGUCCGACAAUGGGACCAACUUCAAGGGCGCGGACCAGGAACUGCGAGCAGCGUUCAAGGAGUGGCUGCCGGAGCUGAAGGAUGCGGCUCUCACACAGAGGGUCCGAUGGCAGUUCAUCCCACCAGGCGCUCCGCACCAGGGCGGUGCGUGGGAGCGUCUGGUCAGGAGCAUCAAGGUGGCAUUGGCCGCCACGCUGCGCGAGCGGGUACCGAGCGAAGAGGUACUCGCCACAUUGCUGAGUGAGGCUGAGCAUUCAGUCAAUUCUCGCCCACUCACCCACGUCUCGGUUGAUCCGCGAGAUCCCGAGGCCCUCACCCCUAACCACUUUCUGUUGAGGACAUCAUCGGGUCUACCCCUAACGGGCCCGACAAGCGCUGACGAGAAGAGGCUUUGGCGCGCGACGCAAGCGCUUGCCGACGCCUUCUGGAGGAGAUGGUUGCGCGAGUACCUCCCUACCCUGGUACCGCGCGGCCAAUCGCAGAACCAGCAGCGACAACUAGCCCCUGGCGACCUUGUGGUCGUUGUGGACCACGCCCUACCCCGAAACACGUGGCCGCGAGGCGUCGUGGAGCGAGUUUGGCCGGGGCCUGACGGAGCAGUACGAGUGGCGGAGAUCCGGACCAAGGGCGGCGUCUUCCGACGCCCCGUGACUCGGCUCGCCGUGCUGAGGAUGGAGUAG